AUGGAUUUCCAACUGUUUCUAGUGUUCAAGGAUUCCAAAUCACCUACUUGGAUACCAAGCUAUAUAUCCAAUGUUGUCCAAUUACUCGUUUAUGCAUCCACAGUAUUAUUUUUAAUUGUUCGAUUAAUUUACGGGAAAAUAAUCAACCAAGACCUCAAGGACUAG